CGUGACCAGCAUAGUAUUUAAUGGCCUUUUGACAGUAUUUCUUGCCACUGUCCAUCUCUCAGUGGUCAGUUCUCUAUGGCAGGACAACUCAAUUUCCCAUUUUAAAAUUUCUUUCUUCUCUCGUCACACUCAAUCUCUUUUUGUGAUUCAAACAAAACCCAUCACCGUACGCUUUCAUUUUUGUUAUUUUAUUCCAGAUCUUGAAAAUUCCCAGGAGAGCUGAAAGGAGAGAGGAUCAGACCCCAGUCCCCACAUCUUGUCCUUCUUUUUGUAUCUUUGCUUGGUUGCUCUCCUUCUCUCUUUUCGCCCUCUCUCUCUCCCAACUGCUUUAAUUUGAAUUUCUUCAGAUUUGUGUAUUAUUUAUUAUAUAAGCUGAGCCGUUAGCUGAGGAAUCCCUCUCCAACAAGGGCGUUAGAUGUGCUCUCAUGGUUAUCUUUUGAUCUGAGGCAUUACCAGUUAAGCAACCCACAGACCAAGAAUGUAAUUGAGCUCAACAAAGCCUCCUCCUCAGUAUAUCCCAUGCUUUAAUGUUGUGAAUAGACGACUAGCUGUGGUUAUUUGGCAAUGGCAUCUGCAACUACUUAUACUGAUGAUAUGAGGUCCAAGCCUGACGUUGUUGAUCUUCCUAAAAUUAAAGACAUGAUGGAAAUUUGUGAAAAUGCAAAUGAUCCUUCUCAACAAGCUACAAAACCUAACGUGACAGUUGCUAGUAGUGUUCGUGAAUUGUUGGAGUGCCCAGUAUGCUUAAAUGCUAUGUAUCCUCCCAUCCAUCAGUGUUCAAAUGGCCACACAUUAUGUUCUGGUUGCAAGCCUAGGGUGCACAACCGGUGCCCCACUUGCCGGCAUGAACUUGGCAAUAUAAGAUGUCUUGCGCUAGAGAAGAUUGCAGCCUCACUUGAACUUCCUUGCAAGUAUCAGAGUUUCGGGUGCACUGGCAUAUACCCGUACUAUAGCAAGCUAAAGCAUGAAUUGCAGUGUGCAUUAAGACCCUACAGCUGUCCAUAUGCUGGUUCAGAGUGCACUGUCGUUGGUGAUAUUCCAUAUUUGGUUUCGCACCUGAAAGAUGACCACAAAGUCGACAUGCACAGUGGCAGUACUUUCAACCAUCGCUAUGUGAAAUCUAAUCCACAUGAAGUAGAAAAUGCUACAUGGAUGUUAACGGUUUUCAGUUGCUUUGGACAGUAUUUCUGCCUGCAUUUUGAAGCAUUCCAACUUGGGAUGGCACCAGUGUAUAUAGCAUUCUUGCGGUUUAUGGGUGAUGACAAUGAAGCCAAGAACUACACUUACAGUCUUGAAGUGGGUGGUAACGGAAGGAAGAUAAUAUGGCAAGGGGUUCCUAGAAGCAUAAGGGACAGCCACAGGAAGGUGCGUGACAGUUUUGAUGGUCUCAUUAUCCAACGUAACAUGGCUCUCUUCUUCUCAGGUGGAGACAGGAAGGAGUUGAAGCUGAGGGUGACUGGGAGGAUUUGGAAAGAACAAUGAGGAUCUCGGUACUCAAAUUAAUUUAGUAGUUCUCAUGAAAUAGUUACUUGUCUGUCUUCCUGUUCAUGUAUUUUGUGGAUCGUAGAAGGCAAAUUCUCUUUUGCUUAUGCAUGCAUUGAAUACAUGAUUGGAAAGACAUCGUCAUAUAAAGAAUAGCGAUAAGGAAAUAGUUAACAAAGAAAUUGUUCGUUUGUCGUAAAUUUGCUUCUCCUAUAUAACUCUUUGAACCUAAUAUUGGCAAUGCAGUGGAUGAACCUAAUAUUUUCUGA